AUUCUUCCAAAACCGCUCCAUCCGUGAUGACAGCACGUGAGAAAGAGUCGCAGUUGCAUACUUUUCUACACGGGCCAGAUCAUGAUAUGAAAGACGAGAUCCGAACGCCAUGAAGCAUCGCGUAUAACAAGGAAUCAACCCCUGAAAGAUCGAGCGGACAGGCUGCGAAGAAACCAACUCCAAGUCCCCAACACCAUCUCAAUUCUACGAAAAUGCUGCUCUUCUGUCCCUCCUGCAGCAACAUGCUCAUAAUCACGACGCUGCCCAGCCACCACGUCAGCCCCAGCGAGGCGUCGACGCACGGCGGCAAGAACCGCUUCGAGUGCCGGACGUGCCCCUACCAGAUGGUGCUGGACCGGCGGUAUUUCGAGCGGAAGAACAUGAAGCUCAAGGAGGUGGAGGACAUCCUCGGGGGCGCCGACAGCUGGGCGAACGUGGAUCGGACGGACGCCAAGUGCGCCAACGAGAACUGCGAUUCCCGCCUGGCGUACUUCCGCCAAGUCCAGAUCCGCAGCGCCGACGAGCCGAUGACGAGCUUCUACAAAUGUGUGAAGUGCGGGACGGAUUGGCGGGAGAAUUGAUCGGGACGAUGGAUGCAUGGAUGGGAGAUCCAAACGGGGGGAGAUGAUGGGAACUAUUGCGCGGGC